CUGUAGCUCCUCCCACACGCGGCGGGAGCGUCAGAUUCUUAAACACACUAUCACAUCUGGUGGGGCAGUCAAUAUGCCUUAAACAGGCCUGUAUCUGGCUAUCUUGUCACAUAUUUCUUUUGUCGAUGGUUCUAUUUGUAAAAGUAUUUUUUUUUCUCCUGGUUUCAACCCUAAAGCUGACAAAACCUCUCAAGACAUCCCAAAGUGGCAGGUCAUCACCUCCGCACAUUUAUGAAGAUCCAGACACAUUAUUGGAUUCCGGCACUGAUGGAGUCCAAGCAGAUGUUAAACCAGCACCUCAAUCUCGGAAAAAAAAAGUUCAGUUCAGCGACAUCAUUGAUGCUCACAACCAGAUGCCUCAGCCACCUCGUCCUGCCCCCAAACCACCAGUAGCUGCCAAAAAAAACCCAACAGACAAAUAUCAGUCAAGACUAACACCUGGUCCAUCUGCUGAGCCCCAACCUCUGCGUUCAGACAUAAAACCUCCUGUUCCUCCAAAACGAAAAAAUGCUCCUUUUUCCUAUGACACUCCAGUUAAGAGUCAACCUUCAGAGCCACAAAAGCCUCUGGUUCCUCCAAAACAGCGAAGUCCUUCUUCUUCUGCUCAGGGUAAUGAAACACCAUCAUCUGCAAGGAUUCAAGCUUCAGAGUCCCAAACUCAGAGAUCUGAACAAAAACCUCCUAUUCCCCAAAAACGGCAAAAUCAGCCUUCUUCUUCAUCUUCUUCAUCACCAACUUUGGUCACAAUUCAAACACCAGAGAGAUACUCUGAAUUACCUCAGCAAAACAAACGGUUGUCAGUCAGCUUCAUCGGGGCACAGAAAGAGAGACCUGUCCCACCAGCACUUUCUGGAAACCCCCAGGAUUCCAGUGGGGCUGACCAAGCCAAGCCACAGCCUCCGAUUUCUGACAGACCAACUCCUGUUGCUAGAAAUCGACAACUCUCUUCUUCCUCCUCCAGUCUUUGUUAUGACAUACCACCCACAGCUCAGAAUCAAACUUCAGAGCCUCUUAUUUCUGACAGAUCAACGCCUGUUCCUGGAAAUUCUUCCUCCUCCAAUCUUUAUUAUGACAUGUUACCCACACUUCAGAAUCAAAUUUCAGAGCCACGGCCUCCGAUUUCUGACAGACCAACUCCUGUUGCUAGAAAUCGACAACUCUCUUCUUCCUCCUCCAGUCUUUGUUAUGACAUACCACCCACAGCUCAGAAUCAAACUUCAGAGGCAGUCCCCCCACCUUUACCACUGCCUGCUUCAAACUACUACAAUGAGAGUCGCCAUGCAUACCUCAGAGUUAUUCCAGAUAACGCGAACGAUAAGAAAUCAAGGAGGCUUGAACCUCAUCCACAACUGCAACCAACUUCUGAGCUGAACAACUAUGACUCCAUAUAUGCAUUAAACACAAAUGACAUCACUGAGCUGCUGAAAUGGCUAAAAACUGUAUCCAGUCAAUCGGCUAAUGUCAUAUCACCAAUAUAUGGCCUCGGACUGGAGGAAGAAAUCAGAUCAUUUGAAGAGAAAGCCACGAACUUGAGAAAGGCCCGCCGUCUCUACAACCUCCUCAUGAUGAAACGUAAGGAAAGCCUUGAGCAAGGCAUCAAAAGCUUCCAGGCCAUUUGUGCACAACUAGAAAAGAUGAAGAAAACGAACAAGGCCAUGGGGAUCGCUGGAGGCACCACAUGUGCUGUGGGAGGCGUGGCUGCGGUGGUAGGCAUUGCCUUGGCUCCAGUUACCAUGGGCACCUCACUGAUUGUUACAGCUGUUGGGGCUGGUGUUGCAGCAUCAGCUGGAGGCUUUGGCGCUCAUGCGUUUAAAACCAACAAGAAGAUGGUAAACCGAUCCACUGUGGAGGAACUCGUGAACAACUAUAAAUCAAAUGUUGUUGACAUGGAACACUGCCUCGCUUUCAUUUUCACAUUGAUGAAAGAACUCCAAAGAUACAAGAUUUCCCAGUUUUAUGGGGCUCACCCGGACGCUGUGAGGAUGGCAGAACUGUCGCAGAAUGUUUUUAAAAAUAACAUGAACACAGAUGGAGGAAUUUCUCUCUUUCACCUUAGUGGAAUGACAUCUGAAAUCCUGCUGAAGGCCUUUUCUAGUCAGAUUGAUCUUUAUUUCACAGAAAAGAAAGGCCAAAAGCUGAAAAAGUCAGACAAAAGCAAGUUUUUGGGUGCGGUUAACAACCUGACCAAAAACCUGCAAGCUGAACUUGACUACCUAAUUAAUAUGUGGGAAACAUUAUGUUGAAUCAAUCAAACAGUUCUGGGUGAUUUUGACUUCACAUGUAAAGGCAAAUGCUUUUACCUAAAGCAAUCUUCCAGUUUUCCACAAUAAAGGGGUUGGGUCUUGCCAAACGAUCCAAGAAAACAGUGAAAAAGCUAUUGAGACUAGGAUUUGAACCCCCUGACACCCCCACUGCUUCAGUCAUAGGUGCUUCCCAGUACAACCACAGGCUUACCUAUAACUACUGAAAAGCUUCUCUGGAUGAACUUGGAAAAAGGGUGUAGGUGCCAUAACCAUUCGGCCUGCACCAACCGUUCGGGGACCUUCGACUAGUGCUGACGUCACAUUAUGUGAUUGGCUGUCC